UCUCUUCCCACCUGCACCAUGGCCAGUGUGGAGGCUGGGGCUGCACCAGCCCUUACUGGGAGCGCUGGGUCAGGCUGGGAUUGCUGGGAGCAGGCAGAGGGGCAGAGCUGGGGGUUAUGACCCCAAUGGAGCAGCCCUUGGAGCUGUCUUGGUCCCGUUUCCCAGCUGGGUAAACUGAGGCACGGGGAUGGCCGGGUGUGGGGCCGGGCUGACUGCCCGUUGUGGGGAGCUCAUGGGGCAGGAAGCCGGAGCUCAGCCAUGAGGAAGAAACAGCAGCACCCAAAGCACACGUCACACGGCAUGACAGGGCAUGACGGGUGCGUGACCUCCGCCGGCGGCGGGACAGAGGCGGAGGAUGCUGGUGGAUGGGUGAUGGAGGAGGCGGUGGUGAAGCAGGGGGUGCUCCACCUGCAGCUGCAGCAGACCUUUGGCAAGAAAUGGAGGAAGUUCUGGGGUGUCUUGUACCGGGAGAGCUCCUGCUCCAUGGCCCGCCUGGAGCUCCUGGAGGGCUCCGCACCGGAGAGGCUGCGCAAGGGCGACAGCAGCAAGAGGCUGGUCAAGCUGAGCGACUGCGUGUACGUGGCGGAGGCAAGCGGUGAUGCCGCCUGCCCCAAGGACACCGUCCCCUUCCUGCUGGAGACCACGGACAGGAGGUACCUCCUGGCCACCGACAGCACCGAGGCAGCCGACUGGAUCCAGAAGCUGUGCGCGCUGGCAUUCCCGAGGAGCAGGGAGGAGCAGGCAGUAAGCAAGGAGGCUCAGCAGAGUGCACUGGGCACCGAUGGGGAGUUCUCCAUGGAGGAAAACUGCCUGUACAGCUCCCGGAGCAAAGCUGCCUCAGAGCAGGCUUUCAAGGUGACGGUGAGGGCCACCGAGUCCUCUGAGCGCUGCCGGCUCCAGGGCCGGUGCAUCCUUCAGGCUGGCAAAGAGGCACUGGAGCUGCAGGAUCCCCAGACCUUGGAGACCCUCUACAGCUGGCCCUACCGCUUCCUGCGGCGCUUCGGGAGGGAUAAGGUCACCUUCUCCUUCGAGGCCGGGCGGCGCUGCGCAUCCGGGGAAGGUAACUUUGAGUUUGAGACCAGGCAAGGCAAUGAGAUCUUCCAGGCCAUUGAACUGGCCAUCAACGAGCACCGGAGCCGGGGGGCCGAGGAGCCAUGGCGGGAGGAUGAUGCUCCCCUGUCCCAUGGCCAUGCCAGGAUGCCCAGCUGGGCACAGGGGCAUGAGGAGCCUGGCGGUGGCACCAAGUGCCCCUCAUUGGAGCCAGCCUGGGAGAAGGUGGGGAAAGCCAAGCCGGGGAUGCCCCCCAGCAGCUCCUCUGGGGCUGGGGAACCCUCCCAUGGUGCCGACUGCCCCUACUCUGAGCCCUGCAAUCCCCUCCGGAGGGGAAACCCUCCGGUGCUGGAGAAGGGCUGGAGACAGGAUGCCCCCUCCAAGGCGAGCACCGAGGCUGAGUACGCCGUCCCCUUUGAUGCCAUCGCCAAGGCCUUUGGAGCUUGCAAGUUCAGCAGCGUGGCCCAUCACCCUGAGGAUGCCCCCGACCCCCUCUACGACAGCAUCAGCAUGGCCGGGGGUCAAGCAGGCAAAGAGCCCCCUCCAUGCACCAGUGCCCCCAAGCCUGAGCACAUCUACAAUGAGCCCGAGGGCCUGUCCUCUCACAUCGUCUACCAUGAGCUGGAGGAGGUGAAGGGGGAGGCAUGGAGGCUGCAGGCGGCCCCGGAGGAGCCCACGGGGCACGAGUACCCCUACAGCGCACAACGGGAUGACUACGCCGUGCCCAAGAGAGCGGUCCCCCUGCGGCAGCCCUUCCUGCUGCAGGGCAAAGAGCGGCUGGGGAGCGCCGACUACGACAACGUGGCCCUCAAGUUUGCCAAGAAGAACCUGCAGUGAGCGGGAGGAGGAUGGAGAGAGGAGAGGAACCCCCGGUCCGGCGCUGGUAACGCCCCACAGCCGGCACCCCCAUCCCCGG